GAGAGAGAGAGAGACUGACUCACUCAUCCACUCUCUCCUCCCAUCACUUCUCCUUCGUGCGUAGUUAUUUUCGUUCUAUAAAACAGACCUUUUCUCCACGCUUCCUCCUCUUUUCUCUUACUUUUUCAUCCAGACCCACAGCUUUUUUUUCACCUGCGCAGCUGAUAAAGGACGUUUCUUUCAAACAAAAACUGAGAUUUGUUUCUGAGGGAAAAGCAGCGGUUCGCCUCUUCACUGAUUGAUCUGCUGCUUCAGAACCGCCGUUUCGUCGAGCUCUGCUGUCUGUCCCGACUCAUUCUGCUAAGCGCCUGCCGUCGAAAUGUCCGCCCCUGCCCCGGAUGCUGCUGCUAGCCCAGGUGCCCCCGGGGCUCCAGAAGGUGAGGGGGGACCACCCACUGCGGCCCCAAACCUCACCAGCAACCGCCGCCUCCAACAGACACAAGCCCAAGUGGAUGAGGUGGUGGAUAUCAUGCGUGUGAAUGUGGACAAGGUUCUGGAGAGGGAUCAGAAGCUGUCGGAGCUGGACGACCGGGCCGACGCGCUGCAGGCUGGAGCCUCGCAGUUCGAGAGCAGUGCUGCCAAGCUGAAGAACAAAUACUGGUGGAAGAACUGCAAGAUGAUGAUCAUGAUGGGGGUUAUCGGGGUCAUCCUGAUGGGCAUUGUUUUCAUGUAUUUCUACUACUGAUUUGGCCUCUCUGUAUACAAGGACGUGAGAUAUUCUGCCUAAGGGAGCAGACGCUUUGUGUGAUUUCCACCAUGCCUUUUCCCCACCUCAGCCUCAGUCCUUCUCCCAACUGAUGCCUUUCAUCUGAACCGCAGCAGGUGUGUAGCUGUCAGCGCAGUGCCUCUUCCGCACUUCCUCCUUUCGAUGCGACCGUGUUCCUUCAUACCUCUCGGAGUGCUUUCGCAACCGUGCACUUUCUCCUACCUGAUGUUUGUCUUAAU